UUCGGUUGGUGAUGGCGGUGUCGGUGUCAGUGUCGGUGUAGGUGUCGAUAUGGUUCGUGGUGCUGUCUGUGAUCCGGAGUAAAUCUGCGCGUUAGCUGUACUUCGUGUCGAUGUCGGUCGUGGGGUAUCCUGUCGUAUGCGAUGUCGUCGUUGGUCGUCGUCCUCGGCGUCGUGUUGCCGGUGUUGUGAUGUUGUUGUUGCUGCACUCCGGUCUGGCUGGUGAUGCGGGUGCAACUUUACUCCCGUUCUGCGUAAUCCCUGUCCUAGCCGCUGAUCUGGCAACCAAGAGACCGCCCCUCCUCUGCUACGCGACAAUCUAUCUACACUGUGAUUCUUCUGGACCCUGAGUUUCCAACUCUCUUCGGGCAUUCGAGGACUCUACACUGCUUCAACCCAUCCAACCUCCUCAUGCGGAGCUCGACAUCUACCCUCCGUCAAAGCAAACUCCAGGUCUCUGCGGGGUCGCGCACGCAGUGGCAGAGCGUUGAGAGCUGCAUGCAGGUACUGUAGAAGCCUGUUAAGUCGAGUGACUGUUCCUAGGCAGAUGCGGUCAAACAUCAUUCGGAACUGCCUUUGGUGU